AUGACCGAUCCACCGACCACAGCAAGCGAGACAUCUUCAGAUGCCGUCCCGUCUCCAGUGCUGGCUUCCGCUGACGUCGUCACUCCAGAGGUGGAAUCCUUACGUGCCAUGUUCCCGGCCAUGGACGUGUCCGACUUGACCGCUGUUCUGACGUCACACAACGGCUCGCUCGAGGAGGCCGCCGACACACUACUCGCCAUGAACGACCCUACCUACAGACAAGCCGAUGUGAGCCACGAUCCUACCCCUGUGCUGCGAGAUGCCACCCGUGGAGGUCGAGAUCAGGGCAUCCCCACGUCGCUUCCUCCACCCCCACACGUACGCGACGGUGCCGCAUCUCAGCUGACUCGUUCUGGUUCGCCGCAUUUCGCUCGGUCACCAGCUCGAAAGACUGCAGGUGGAUGCUGAGCUCGCUAGACAACUCGAAGCUCAGGAGGAGCGACUUCUGCAUCGCCGAGCAGCGCGGCAAAGUGCGGCCAAUCCCGAGGUCUCCAGCCCGGCUGCACUGCCUUACACCCCCUACGUUCCACGGCAUGGCGCAAGGCAACCUCUGGACCAAGGCCAGCACGCAGAGGCUGACAACAACGCGGAUGACAUUGACCAGUUGACGGAGCAAAUGUACGUUUUUUCGCAAGAAGUGAUCUUGUGUGUGACACUCGUUGUGUUGUGUGACAAGGCCCCAUCAGCCGCACUCGACUUUUUGAGCUCCUCCCCCUUGGCUUGCAUCAGGCUGACCCCUCAUCACCACCACCGCGGCUCCUCGAGACCUCUAGCUCCAAGCUGGCAGAACAGGGUAGGAAAACUUUCGACACGUUCCUUGGAAAAGCAAAGGGCUUUGCGGGUGUGCUCAAUGAGCGUAUCAAGGCCUCGGCGUAGGUCCGCCUUCUCCAAGUCCGCCCCCGAGCCACUUGAGCCCAUCCUGUACCUACGAGCUGAUAUUUAUGUGGACGGGACAGCUCGCCUUCUCUGGCUACAGAGGAUGUAUCGCCUCCUCCGCCUCCUAAAGAACCAAUCCUGACACCCGCUACAUCAACCGGCACCCCCCGGACAUCAAGACCUACCGACGACAAGCAUCAGCAGACCGUCACCGUCCCCGAGCGACUUCCAAGACCGAACUCGGGCCCAGAGGAGCCUUUCGACGAAAAUCAUUCGCCUUCCUCGACACCAACCGGCUCGGGCGAGCGCUUAGCAACUCACGCCGCUGUCAGCCCCGAUCCUCUCAAACCCGAUCUUUCGCAGAUCGAACAUUUGCUGUUGCCUCGGAAGUCUGUGAAGCUUGAGCAGGCGCACCAAAAGGAAGACGACGACGACGACGAACUGGAGUAUGUGAAGUCGCCCUUUGAUGACGAUUGA